AUGGGUAUUGGCGACACAUUCCAGCUUCUGGAAGAGAAUGCCUUCGUCCCUACGCCUUGCGAUCCUCUAGGGUUCGUUCCCCAAGGCAACAAAACAGGGCACGUCGAUGUACUGGCGUGGAUGCGCCAGUAUUUGAUCGCCACCUACUGCAACAUCCUCUUCAAGAUCUUCAAGGAGGAUAGGUUGGCUGGUCGUGUCGAUUGGAAUCGCUCUUUGGAAGACGAUGUUGUCCGCAUUGCGUCGGAGCGUCUGUCCGAUGCCCUAAAGAAGCAGCUCGCCAAGACUUUCAUCCCCGGAAAUGUCCUACUUCAUAUUGAUGGGAAACACAACGAUCAAAAGGCGCUUGCUCACUCGAUCCGUGCUUCCAACGGCGACAAAGACAAACGAGCUUUCUACAAUAGUAUGGCUAAAGUCAAGACCCUGAUGGGCCCCUUCUAUGGACGCAACAUUCCCAAGCCCCGCUCCCGAACCACAGGGAACACCAGAGACGACGACGAUGAUACUCCAACGGAUGGUAGAGUGCCCUACUCUGCCAGGCACAAUGUCUUCCACCGCUCUACCAAGGACAAGAUUGUCAAGAUUAGAAAGACCAUGAAGGCUCUCUGGAAAAAGGCCCACCCCAUGGACGACAACAUCAAAAAAGUCACUUGCGCCGCCUUGAACAACCUUGGUCAUAACGUCCACUCUUGCCGCGGCGAGGCUGACGUAUGUAUCUCCACUCAAGGAGGCGAGAUUUACAGCUUCUCGGGCGACUCUGACUUUUUGUAUCAUCCCAUCCAUACAUUCGUCCGCAAGGAUCCAAAGGACCCGACUACCAUGCUGGCGUACCCGACACAAGAGGCUCGCACCUCUUUCAACCUGACUCCUGCCGGUAUGGCUGCACUUGCUGUUGUCAGUCGGAAUGACUAUUCGGUCCAUGUCCGAGGAUAUUCCUUGAAGAAGAACCUUAAAGUCCUCCAGUCGAUUAAUGGAGCCAAGCCCAGCGAUGCUAUCCAUCUUUCCUCAGAGGUCCUAGUCACAAGAUACUGCCGUGCUGUCUCCAAGCCAUGGGAAAUAAUUAACCCUACCAGGUUCAGUUCUGCAAUGGACAUUUUCGUUCAUCACCAGGAAACCUUCAACAAUCGUCCAGUCCCAUCAUCAACAAUGUCAUUCGAUCACGACAUGAGGAUUUUUGAAGAGGUGUGCGACAACUAUCUUCGGCACUUUCGCAACCCCGCUCUUCGUGGACCCGUAUCUCUGGACAAUCUGCCUCUAUCUUUCUUCACGCCAAGCGUUUAUACCCGCAACAGGGACAGGACAGACUUGGAAGACAUAAGGACAGAGUGGCUGGAGGUUCAAAAACGCCUCCGGUUGCAAAAUCGGACAGCCCUCAUAGCCCCUACCCUUGUGCUUGCUCCUGCACCUGUUCCAGUCGUCCCCGCCUUGACCAUGCCUGUUAUCCCACGCAGGAUCCCUCCUGUCGAAUCUCGUCCAGGUGUAUACUCGUCGGUCAUGCCUUUUGUCCAGCGCCCGGCCAUCUCCAACUUGACGAUGCCUGUUAUCCCACGCAGGAUCCCUCCCGUCGAAUCUCGUCCAGGUGUCUACCCAUCCCCCUUUCCAGCAAAAACUCUCCCUUUAAUCAUGCCGGUUAUUGCGCCUCGGAUUGAACCUGUCGGCUUGCUUGCUUUAGAAACUCUCUAUCCACACCGUCAUUUUUAUCACGUUGACUGGCCUCGUUUGCCUAUUUCAGUGUCUGACUUUCCAAGAGAUCCUCACUACCGACCGCACAAGGGCUGGAUGUCGUCCAACAAGUACCGCAUCCGUAACUACACCAUCCCGUCUGGCCCCUCUCCCUCGGCCGACGACGAUGAUGCGGAUCAGCACCAGAGCCAGAAGAAGAAGAAGAAGAAGAAGAAGGGAGGCAUACGCAUGAACAAAAAACAGAAAACGGAGGAGGAGAAGCUCAAGGAGGAGGCAGUGAAGCGCGAGAAGGCAGCCGCCCGACGACGACCCGAUACGUCCAAAAAAGGCCGAACCGAGCCCAACCCUAACGCCACGCCCAAGAACGACGAUCCCGCCACGAUAUUGGACAGGGUAUUAAAAGGAAAGUACGCGCUGAACGUUCUGGAGGUUGGAACGGUCGGUCAGCGACUCAAGGACUCUAUCGCCUUCCACUGCAGAAAGAACCUGCCCGAGGUCCGGGAGCGGAUCUUCAACGACCUGAACGACUUUUUCCUGGCUCUGGUCAAGAUCGCCACGGACGUUGUCCACGCUGCGCGAAUUGCGCUAUCAUGCUACAUCGCCAAAGUCAUGUUGGAGUUUCCUGCCACCACCCAAGCUGAAAUCAUCGCGCGCAAGAACAAGCUGCAGGACAUUGGCGACAUUGGCGGAAAGCAUUGGUUUGGCAGCGUACUCAAUGUUAUUUUUCGAUGGGAUCAAGCCCGCACAGGGAACCAGGUUGUUCGCGAGAUUGUUGACGACUACCGUGCUCUGUGUGCUCAGGCUGGCCUUGUGCACGAUCGCUGGACCGAUCUUAUCUCCGGCGGAAUGAAUUUUUUCUUGCAGCAGGUUGGCGGCGACAUGGAAUCGAUAAUCCAGGGCCACUUUCGCGGCAACAUCAAGGAGCUGGUUGAGCGCGUUAAAACGACAAACCCGACAUGGUGCCAGGGCGAAGGCGCUCCCCUCCUCAACGACAUGUACAUCAAUCCCACCAAUCCUAAAAACGACAAGCACAUGUUUCGCAACUAUGGGAUCGUUGCAGCAUUCUGGACCUUGAACGCCCAUCUGCCAUCCCACCGACGAUUUGCAAUGUUUCCAAAGUACAAGCACAAGGAUCUUUAUGUCACCAUCACGGAGAAGCACAUCAUGGAGACUUUACCCUUCAGACCAAACACCAGCCCUUCCACGCUUGAAUUCCUCGCUCCUUUUACUGUCCGCUCGGUCAUUGCCCAUCCUGGAGAACUUGUGUACCGCCUCUUCAUGACCAGCACUGUCGGCUACAAGACGACGUCAUGUCUGAUGAACCCAUCUCAGUCCGGACCCGACUUUCCUCCCUUCUUUUUACCUCCAAGUGUCGACGGUGAUGACUUCCAGGAUGCCUACGACGCCCUUCAGAGCGAGUAUGAGAUCCGUGGCAAUCAUGGAGCUACCCCAGCUUUCAGCCAAGCCAAGCGUAACUUCAUAGCUGCGAUCGACAAGGCUAUCAUGGAGGCCAAAGACGUCAGAUCUGCCAUCAACGACGACGACCAAAACAAGGAACGCCACCGUCGUAUGCAUAUUCUUCACGGAUCAAUCCAAACAAACGGUCUUGACGCCAAGCUCCACGCCUUCCACACCGCCCAAAAGAAACACCUUGCUGGAACCUACGGCCCCAAGACAACCAAGAGUCUCCUAGGCGAUAUCAAGACAAAGUAUCCUUCAAGAGACGAAUUGCUUCGUGAUCAUCUCUCUCCCGAGGUGUAUCGGAUUGUGGCCAUGGAUCCAGGUCUGGCCAACACCAUCACGGCUGUCAUUCUCGACUCUCGCUCACCCAACAGAGUCAGAAACUUGGCAAUCUCCAGUGGAUCGCAGAAGGAACCAGAGCGGCACCACCGUCGAGGUCUGAACGCCGCCAAGAGCAAGAGAGGGAUCAACUUUUUGGAGAACUCCAUCGUCCCCGUCGAGUUUCCUCAGUUCCGAAAUACUGGAGACGAUUGGGUUAAUUGGUUGUGCCUGCGAGAUUCCAUCCGCCUAAAUUGUGUGUCGGAACUUGGGGUGUACAAGCGGCUUCGAGCCUUCUAUGGUUCCAUCAUGUUCAAAGUCAAGAACAGGAGCUUGAAGUUGGCUCAGAACGCUACACUAAACAAGGCUGUCGGCGUAAUCAUCCGGUCGUGUGGAAUCAAGGGCAAGUGGAGAGAGGGAGACAAUAGGGUGCGCCCCUUGUUUGUUGCUGGCGAUGGCAACUUCACAUCCAGGCCCGGUCGGCCCAUCCGACACUUGCAGUUCUUCAAGAAGCUAAAGACCAAGUUGGUGGCCUUGGGGUACGUGAUCGUGUCAGCUGACGAAUACUUCACCUCCAAGUCUUGCUGUCAAUGCCACACCAAGAGUGAGGACCAUAUCACCAUGGAGCGUCGCUCCAUCCAAUGCACACAGUGCAACCGAGUCAGGGACCGUGACCAUAAUGGGGCGCACAAUAUGGCUCGUGCAGCAUUGAAAUGGAUGACGGUCUUUUCUUGGCCUCAAGAGCUGUGUCGUCCCACCCCAUCACCACAACCUCAACCUUAA